AGAAAAGAAAAGAAAAGAAAAUUGCAAAACCCAUCUUAAAUCCCAAAACAUGAGCCGAGCUUGUUGCCGUGGCUUUAACAAUGACAAUGGCGCUAUCAUCAUCUUCAUGCUUCUCUUCUUCCUAUUCACCGCUCGCUCCUCCUCCUUCACUCCCUCGCCACCCUCUCAUUAGCCUCAAUUUCAAACCCAACUGUCGUGCCCGUGGCGGUUCUUCUCAUCCCAAACUCAAAGCCUCCGUGGCUGCGCCGCCACUCUUCUCCGGCGCCACCAGACAUGGCCUCGAAACUGUCAACAUUGCUGAAGACGUCACCCAGCUAAUGUAGUUGAUUGGAAAUACUCCAAUGGUGUACCUCAACAAGGUUACAGAAGGAUGUGUGGCAAACGUUGCUGCAAAACUUGAGUCUAUGGAACUCUGCAGAAGUGUCAAGGAUAGAAUUGGCUUUAGUAUGUUGUCUGAUGCAGAAGAGUUUGGAGAUAUUUCUCCGGGGAAGACUGUUUUAGUUGAACCAACAACUGGAAACACAGGACUUGGCAUCGCUUUUGUUGCAGCAACAAAAGGGUACAAACUUAUAGUAACCAUGCCUGCUUCCGUAAAUCUUGAAAGGAGAAUCCUUUUGCGUGCAUUUGGGGCAGAGAUUGUUUUGACUGAUGCAGAAAAGGGAUUGAAAGGGGCAGUUGAAAAAGCUGAAGAAAUUGUUCAAAGUACACCCAAUGCUUACAUGUUUAGACAGUUUGAUAACAUGAAUAAUGCAAAGAUCCACUUCGAAACUACAGGGCCAGAGAUAUGGGAGGAUACCAUUGGUAAUAUUGAUGUAUUGGUUGCCGGUAUUGGAACUGGUGGCACUGUUACCGGCACUGGACGUUACCUGAAAAUGAUGAACACCAACAUAAAGGUGGUUGGUGUGGAACCUGCUGACAGAAGUAUAAUCUCAGGAGACAAUCCAGGUUUCAUGCCAAACAUUUUGGAUAUCAAACUGCUCGACGAAGUUAUCAAGGUUACAAAUGUUGAAGCUAUUGAAAUGGCUAGGAGAUUAGCGUUGGAAGAAGGUUUGCUGGUCGGAAUUUCUUCAGGAGCUGCAGCUGCAGCUGCCAUAAGUUUGGCAAGACGGCCAGAGAAUUCUGGGAAACUUAUCGUGGUCAUUUUCCCUAGUUUUGGUGAGAGAUAUAUUUCAAGUCCUCUCUUCCAUUCUAUCUAUGAAGAAGUUCAGAAAAUGUAACAAUCACCAUUUAAAGAUGUGGACAAUUGGACUCGUCUUUUGGAUAUUGGAGUAGUUUACAUGCCACCAUUCAAGAAAGUAGCUGCCUUAGCCCUAAACGGUAUAGAUGAAUAAUUUGAAUGAGACAGAGUUCUUGGGAGUAAGCUCAAACAGGA